AUGUCGUCUGUUGCAGAAACUCGCCAGAGCUUGGUUGGGACCUGGUCUCUAGUUGAAUAUAAGGCAGUACGAGCAGAUAAUGGCUUUAUUAGCCACCCUAUGGGCCCCAAAGCCCAGGGCUUCCUCAUUUACAGCCCUGAAGGAUUUGUAUCCGCCCAUUUGAUGGAGCCGGGAGCUCCAGAAUUUUCAGAUGCCGAUGUUGGAGGAGGUACGAAGGACGAGCUCUAUCGAGCCAUGAAGCAUUACCUUGCGUAUUGCGGUCGCUUUGAGUUAGAAGAAUUGGAUGGUGAAGUUCUCGUGACGCAUCACAUGGAUGUUUGCUCGUUUCCCAACUGGCUUGGUAGUUCACAGGAGCGUGUGAUCAAGCUCAGGGGUAAUAUGCUGGAGAUCAAUACCGCCGAGCCUGUUCUACAUGGUGGGCAUUUUCAAAAUGGGUCUCUAUUGUGGCAAAAGUCUAAGCCUACAUUUGAUGUUUGCUAG